AUGUUUGACUUUAAGAAGCUGGGUAUUCAAAGUUGUGAAAAGCUUCAAGCACUGCCUGAACAAAAAGGAAAGAUGUUUCUCAAUGGACUGUAUACUGAUGGCUACACAUGCAGAGUUCUAUUUGCUAUAAAAGUGCUUCUGUCAUCACCAGAAGACAAUAUCUGUCUAGAGUUGAACGAUUUUACAAGCGAAGAGGAAGGCGGGAUCCUUUUGUCUCUUGUCACGGUGGCCACUGACAUACGUCGCUUGUCCUCAAUCGAAUAUUACAAUAUGGGUGGAAGUGUAAGACAAAUGAAAGAGCAACAGAAGCGCAAACAGAGACCAGGUAUUGAAAAGAUUGAAACAGACAUUCCUUCGCCUAAAACUGCGUCUGUGGAACAAUUUGUUUUGUACAUAACUUACAUGCUGCAGCACAUGAAUACUUUGCUCAAUUUCUACAGCUUUGAAACUUCUAAGAUUAAAUGGUUGAACUACCUUAGUUCCCAAAAAGCCAUGCAAGAAAGUGUCAACAUCUUAAUAAAUGGUGGAAAAAAUAUAUCUGUAACUUACAGCAGAAACAACAAAGUCUGUUUUGAAAAGGGAAACAGCAGCAAGAUGCCUCUAGUGGUCUUUGAAAAUCUGAAGUGUAGGGAAGAUGACCAUGAUCCAUCAACUCAGUCUAUAUGGAAUGACAAUGAUCGCUCCACCGUCUUCAAACGACAAACCGCCACCUCCAAUGUGGUUGCUGCACCUUCACUGGUGACAGCUUAA